ACUGAUGAAACAAUAGCUAUAUUUUAUAUUUGGUGGCAUAUAAACUGAAUAGCAUUUGACAAUCCAAUUGUUUUUAUUUGUCAUUGGAAAUAUUCUACGAAUUGUUUUUGAGAAAUCCCAGGGAUGGCUUCGACAAUUCCAACGAACCGGUCCUCCUCCGAUGACGUUUUGGACAGGACGCCGUUUCUGUCAUCGACAAGCAGCGCCUCAGCGGAUGAGUCCUCCUCCCGCCGAACCGUUCGUCGCCAGAGCAUUCGUGAUGCGGCUCGGUUCCUGCGCCGUGCCAGCAGCCGAAGGAUGAUGCGUGAGCCGUCCAUGCUGGUUCGAGAAACGGCCGCCGAGCAACUCGAGGAGCGCCAGAGCAAUUGGGCAUAUUCUAAGCCCGUCGUCAUCCUCGAUAUGAUCUGGAAUUUAGCGUUUGUGGUGGUGGCAAUUAGUGUUUUGGUUCUGAGCAGGGACGAGAGGCCGGAUAUGCCGAUGAGGUUGUGGAUAAUUGGGUAUGCUUUCCAGUGUCUCUUGCAUAUGAUUUGCGUUUGUGUGGAGUAUAAUCGACGAAGGAGGCGACAGAGCUCGGAGUACAGAACAUUUAAUGCCGGGGAGGAAGGGGUUUUGAGCCCAGAAUCGAGGGUGCGUUCAGAGCAGUACGUGUCGUUAGCCCAAUUGGAAGAGGAUGGUGGCAGCAGCGUUGCAAAGCAUCUGGAAUCUGCAAAUACGAUGUUUUCAUUCAUCUGGUGGAUUAUUGGAUUCUACUGGGCAUCUAUAGGUGGCCAAGCAAUGGCACAUAGCUCACCUCAACUUUAUUGGCUUUGUAUAAUUUUUCUUGGUUUUGAUGUGUUCUUUGUUGUUUUCUGCGUUGCCCUGGCAUGCGUCAUUGGCAUUGCUGUUUGCUGCUGCCUUCCAUGUAUUAUUGCAAUCUUAUAUGCUGUGGCAGAUCAGGAGGGAGCUUCCAAGGAAGACAUUGAUCAGUUAUCAAAAUUCAAAUUUCGAAAAAUUGUCGAUGACGAGAAAUCUGCUGCUGAUGUCCAAGGACAAGUUGGGGGAAUAAUGACUGAAUGUGGUACAGAUUCUCCGUUGGAACGUGUUCUUCCUGAAGAUGAUGCAGAAUGUUGCAUCUGUCUUUCUGCUUACGAUGACGGAGUUGAGCUAAGGGAACUUCCUUGUGGUCACCAUUUUCACUGUGCCUGUGUAGACAAGUGGUUGUACAUCAAUGCUACGUGCCCUCUCUGCAAGUAUAACAUUUUGAAGAGUACAAGCCACGAGGAAGUGUAGAAAAAGGAGAAUAAUUAUUCAUGGUUAUAUUAGUGAUAUGUUUUUAGCUCGAGAGCAUCAUAAUGAACUACAUGUCAUAUGCAGUUGAUACAGGUUAUUCUAGUGUUGUUUCUUGUGGUGGUAGUUGUAGAUGAUGUUGUCUGAUCAUAAGGCUGUCGACAGUCACGAUGUGCUUGUUUUGGCUCUGACCCUCGUGGAGUUGUUGUGUAUAGUAAUGUUUCCGGGGGCAUCUGAGACGAAGAACUCGGUAGCUAUUUUCCGCUUUCAUUUUAUGUCAGACUCACUUCACCCCCCUCCCCUGUAUUUUGUAUUUCACGUGUAAAGUGUUUUAGUUGAAAAAUCUUUGUUGGACAA